CCCACAUUGCAGAUAGGUUGUGAGACAACAGCACGCAUCAUGGCACUGCCGCCUCCGAGGUCCCUGGUGGGUGCCAACGGUGAGAUCACAUCCUUCGUGCGCAAGCAGGUGCCGCAGCCAGUUCAGUAUGGUGGAGGCUUCAACUAUCCAACGCCUGCAGCCAUGAACGGGCCCUUCAAGUUCUUCGUGCAGACGCCAGCGCAUUUUCUGCCGGACCCCUCCCCUGCAGGAGUCUACCAGUCCAUGGGAGUGCAAGCCUCCGUCUCUCCGGACUUUGCUUCAGCUGGACCGCAGGCCUACGGCCAGGCUUAUGGGCCGCAGGUGAGCAUGGGCGUAGGCACUCAGGCGAGUUUCCCGCAGAACUCCAUGGGCCAGUCGGCCAUGGCAGGCUCUGCCUUCACAGAUGUGAGCUCUGCCCACAGCAUCAGAGGGGACGGCGCACCGCUCCAAGGGGGUGUGGCAGGAUCCCCAUAUGGAUCGCCGGUUGCAUUUCAGCCAGGAGCGCCCGCUGUACCAGCAGGCUCCACAGGCUCGCCCUAUACGGGUUCACCUUACGUCUCGAUUGGCGCUGGCACGCCCUUCAGUGCCGUGUACCCACCAGGUCCCAUGGCGCAUCCUGGUUUGCCCCAAGGGCCCAUGGGAAGCGGAGCGUCUUUGACCGGCAGUACGCCUUUGGCGCCACAAGUCCCAGCUGCUUUCCUUUCAGGCAACUCCGGGCUUGCGGGUGGCGGGCACUUUUCCAGCCCUACAGCUGUUGUGCCUCAGGCGGCGGCCAAGGCUGGUGCGGCCGGAACCUCCUCGACGGCCACCACGGCGACAAAGUUCAGUCGUGGCAAGAAGAAGAAGAAGGCCAGCAGGUGUAUGUGCUUCUGAGCGAGCUGUCCCAAGUGCUGGAUCCACUGGCAGGGAACGCUGCCAUUAGGGCUUAUGGCUUGCUUCAACAUUGCCCUAGUGGUUGCUGGCAUUUGCCGUAUCGGC